AUGCCCUUUGAUGCUUUGCUAUCAAGCCAAAAAGAUAGUGUCAAUUCCCAGAACAUUACCCCAAUAUCUAAAUCUGUUCUUUUGGCCCCUCAUUCCAACCAACCGAUAAUUGAAAUAGCCACGUAUUCAGAAACUGAUGUGUACGAAUGCUACAUACGCGGGUUUGAAACCAAAAUAGUUAUGAGAAGAACUAAGGAUGAUUGGAUUAACAUUACGCAAGUAUUCAAAAUUGCCCAAUUCUCAAAGACUAAAAGGACUAAAAUAUUGGAAAAGGAAUCAAACGAUAUGCAACAUGAAAAAGUUCAAGGUGGGUACGGUAGGUUUCAGGGAACUUGGAUUCCAUUGGAUUCGGCUAAAUUCUUGGUCAAUAAGUAUGAAAUCAUUGACCCUGUGGUAAAUUCCAUUUUAACUUUUAAAUUCGAUCCAAACAACCCUCCACCAAAGAGAAGUAAAAAUAGUAUCUUAAGGAAGACUUCACCAGGAACUAAGAUAACGUCACCUUCGAGUUAUAAUAAAACUCCUAGAAAGAAAAAUAACAGCGCAUCAACAUCGACUACCACAACAACUACGAGCAAAAAGGGCAAAAAGAUUGUUUCAGUCAACCAGCCAAAUCCAAGUCCUUUACAAAACCUUGUCUUCCAAACCCCUCAACAAUUUCAAACGAAUCCAUCAAUAAGUAUAAUAACUAGUCACGAUAACAACACCAUGAUGAAUUUCAACAAUGACACUAGACACAGCUUAAUAAGUAAUAUUACCAAUAAUAAUAGCAACCAAUCUACCAUUAUUCAACAACAAAAACCUAUUCACGAAAGCUCUUUUAGUAACAAUUAUUCCGCUACUCAAAAACCUUUGCAGUUUUUCCCUAUUCCAACAAACUUACAAAACAAAAAUAUGAUUACGAACAAGACUAAUAGUAUUGAAAACAACACUUAUAAUCAUAACAAUGAAAAUAGCAACAGCAACAGCAAUAACAAUUUGAUAAUAGUACCAGAUGGACCCCUGCAAAAUCAACAACAGCAUAACGAAUAUAUGACAAAUAACUUUAAUCACUCGAUGAUAGACUCUAACACAAACGGUAAUAGCAAAAAGAAAAGAAAAAAAUUGAAUCAAACCAAUGAACAACAAUUUUUCAACCAAGAGAAAAUACAGAGACACUUUAAGUCAAUGAAACAGCCUUUACUAUGGCAAUCAUUUCAAAAUCCGAAUGACCAUCAUAACGAAUACAGUGACAAUAAUGGUAACAACAACAACACCGUAGUAUCCAACGGCUCCUCUAUUGAAGUCUUUUCUUCAAACGAAAAUGAUAACAGUAUGAAUGUGUCCUCACGCUCAAUGACACCAUUUAGUGCAGGAAACCAUUCAUCCCAAAAUAAAAUGGAAAACAAAAUGUCAGACCAGGAAUACAAGGAGGCGAUAUUGAAAAUAUUAUCGUCAGAAAGAUCUUCCGAUGUUGACCAAGCAUUGUUGGCUACUUUGUAUCCAACACCCAAAAAUUUCAAUAUAAAUUUCGAGAUUGAUGACCAAGGCCAUACUCCUCUACAUUGGGCUACGGCUAUGGCCAAUAUUCCUCUAAUAAAGAUGCUGAUAACUUUAAAUGCCAACGCAUUACAAUGCAAUAAACUAGGUUUCAACUGCAUCACAAAAUCGAUUUUCUACAAUAAUUGUUAUAAGGAAACCGCAUUUGAUGAAAUAAUCUCUAUCUUGAAGAUCUGUCUAAUAACUCCGGAUGCAAAUGGAAGAUUGCCGUUUCAUUAUUUGAUUGAAUUGAGCGUUAAUAAAUCUAAAAAUCCCAUGAUAAUAAAAUCCUAUAUGGAUUCAAUCAUAUUAAGCCUGGGCCAACAAGAUUACAAUUUAUUGAAGAUCUGUUUAAACUAUCAAGAUAACAUAGGGAACACUCCAUUGCACUUAUCUGCUUUAAAUUUGAACUUCGAAAUCUAUAACAGACUAGUAUAUCUUGGGGCCUCAACAGAUAUUUUGAACUUAGAUAAUGAGUCUCCUGCAUCAAUAAUCAAUAAAUUCCACUCAACUACCAACGCGACUAACGAUAACGAUACUAAAACCGAUCAAAAAGAAGCUCGAGAAUUUUCCCAGAAGCACAAUUAUCAGCAACAACAGCAACAGCAACAGCAACAGCAGCAACAGCAGCAACAGCAGCAACAGCAGCAACAGCAGCAACAGCAGCAACAGCAGCAACAGCAGCAGCAGCAACAGCAACUACAGCAUCAGCCACAGGAGCCACCACAACGACAGAACAACAUCAAAAUUCCCAAAAUCAUUAAAACCCAACACCAUGAUAAAGAAAAUCCUGCUAUAAAUGUUACUGUAAUCAAACAAGACUCAGAAAUAAGUGAAAGUCAUUAUUUACAUUCCAACCAACCAAAUUCAACAAACAUUAACACUAUAAUGGACGACCUGUCAAAUCUCAAUUCUUUUGUCACUUCUUCAGUUAUUAAAGAUAUCAAGUCUACACCAUCCAAGAUUCUUGAAAACUCCCCCGUCCUAUACAGAAAAAGAUCACAGUCAUCAUCAAGUGAGAAGGAGAAAGAACAUGGACAAGAGAAUCAAAAUAAAAAGAAAAGGGAGUCUCCAAGUAUAAAAGAAAACGCUUUGCCAUCAUUAGACUCGCCUUCCACAUUAUUACCCAUACAAACAUCUCCGUUGAGAAAGUAUUCCAAACCACUUGCGCAACAAAUUGACAAAUUAAAUGCAAAGGUUACUUCGAUUCAAAGAUUAAUGGGUGAGGAUAUCAAGAAUCUAGACAGUGAAAUAGUUAAAGCCGAAUCCUCUAUAUCUAAUAAUCAUCAAAGAUUGACCACAAUAUCACAUCAAAUAAAGGAUGCUUUCAAUUCCGUGUCAACGAAAGUUUCCAUAGAUUCGAUAUCAGAUUUACAGUCUAGAAUCAAAGAAACCUCUUCAGAAUUGAAUUCGAAAAAGCAGAAUUUUAUUCAGAGUUUGGAGAAGUCACAGGCUUUAAAACUGGCAACAAUUGUUCAAGAUGAAGAAUCGAAGGUUGACGUAGAUCCCAAUUCACAAUCACAUCCGGAAAAUCAAGAAAAUAAAGACACAAGUCCAAUUUCGAAGUCGAGCUCUUCUUCGCCCAAUAAUACCGAAGUGAAAACUAAAUUUUCUAAGGACAAGCAACAUUCAUAUGAUAAAAACGAAAUGUUAGAGCUAGCCACUGAACUGACAUUCUUACAAUUCAAAAGACGGAUGACAACGCUGAAAAUAAGUGAAGCCAGGAGUAAAGUAAAUUCGUCGGUGAAAUUAGAUAAAUACAGGAACCUAAUCGGUAUCACCAUCGAAAACAUUGAUUCCAAAUUAGACGACAUUGAAAAAGAUUUAAGAGCAAAUGCAUAA